AUGGAGAACCCUUCGGAGCCUUGGCUGCCGGCACCCCCUGCGGUACUGGGCCCGCCCUGGGCCGCCCUGGUCCUUCUCUACUCCCUGGUGAUGGUCACCUCCUAUGUCCUGGAGGUGGCCAGCCAUGGCCUGCUGGCCCGGGCUGCUGGGCCCCUCCUGCCGCGCCAUUUGUCCACCGCCUGGUUUGGCCACCAAGUCACCGUUGACUUCACCUUCACUGCACUCUUGCCCCUGAGCCUCACCUGCACGCGCUCCUGCUGGCCGCUGGGUGGCGCCUUCUGCCGCGCGGACCCCGGCCUGUCCUUCUUCACCUGCUGGGCUAGCGGCCGCCUGCUGGCCCGGGGGGCUGCCGACAGCUACACCUCGCUGUGCCAGCCUGCCUGGGCCCUGGGCCACCACACAGCUCGGCAGAUGGUUUUCUGGGCUGGCGGAUUCUGGAUCUUUCUGCUGGGUCUGGGGGGGUCAGCCCUGCAAGCCAGGAGGGACCAGGCCAGCCUGGCUGUCCCUUCUAACAGGACUCUGGCUGCAGAAGUCCCCAGCCAUAGCCAGGGCUUCGGGGCCUGGAGCCCCGUGUUAGACCAGCUGGCAUUUGGGUUUGGGGUACCCCUGGGGGUCAUGGCUUUCUCUCGCAGCCUCUUGGGGGCCCAGCUGCAGCUGGCCCGGCUGACUGGGCGCCCCCCACUGCUGGGGCUGCCUUGGGCCACCGCGGCCAUGCUCUUCCUUUGCUGGCUCCCUUUCCACCUGUUGCUUUUGCUCAAGUUGUUGGGGGCGCGUGAGGCUGGGCUGGACUUGGGGGAGGUCUGGGUGCUGCUCAGACCCCUGGGGUUCAGCCUCGCAGGGGCCAGCAGCUGGCUCCACCCUCUGCUCUGUGUGUGUGGGGGCCAGGCCUUCAGGAGAAGGCUGUGCCAGGUUCUGGGGUCCUGCCAAGGCGCCGGGUGUGGGGAGGAGGUGGAGAGCGCCCAGGCCUGGGCUUGGAGGCUGAGCCAUCCAGUGGGAACCUGA